AUGAGCUUGUCAGGAGGAGAUUGGAUGUGUAAUGCUUGCCAGCACAUAAACUUCAAGAAGAGAGAUGCAUGCCAAAAUUGUGGAUACCCUAAGAUUGGAGGUCCUGAUCCAGAAACUUAUAGAUAUAACUGGACUGAAACCUUAGCAGGGGACUGGUAUUGCAGUGGUAUCAACUGUGGAGCUCACAACUACGCUAGCAGAACAAGCUGUUAUAGAUGUGGUGCAUUGAAAAAUGGUUACUCUUGUGGAUUUGGUGGCAACAUGGAACCCCCUGGUUGGAAAACUGGUGACUGGAUUUGCUCUAGAUAUGGCUGUGGAGUGCAUAAUUAUGCUAGCAGAACUGAAUGCUUCAAGUGCAAAACACCAAAAAGUAAUUCCGAUUGA